AUGAUGGCCAAGCAUCGGCUGCCGACCAUCUUCAGCGUCAAUCAGGGCCGUACGAUUGUCGCGGCGAUGGACGGCUGCGAGAUGUGCAUCGACGCGCUGCGCGAUUUCGUGGAGGAGCGGAUGCGGAAGCACGACGACCGUUUGAUCGUGGCGCUCUAUCACAACCGCACGUCGUGGCGAUCCGCGCUCCGCGUCCCCCGAGCAGGCAAGCCAGGCCCCUCCGAUGAAUUAUUCACAUUUAUAGACUCCAUAGAGGGCGGAGAGGACACGGACGGCAGCGGCCGCGGGCAGCCCACCUGUUCACUUUCGACAGACGGGGAAGACACGGACGGCAGCGACCGUGAGCUAACCAAUCAACCCCCUCUCCCUUCCCCUCUUCCCCUUACCAACCCCCUCUCUUCUCCCCCCUUUCGCCCCUUUGCAGACUCCAUAAAGGACGGGGAGGACACGGACGGCAGCGACCGCGAGCAGGCGCUCAAAGAGCUUAUGACGGCCAUGGGCAGCGCGGGCGGCGGAGGGCACGGGCCGUCGGUGAGCAACGUGUCGACCAUCGGGACAGGCACGGCGGUGAUUGAUGAGGCCACGGCGCCCGUGCUGCUGAAACGACUCAAGUGGGAUGGGGACGCUAAACAAGCGCUCUCCCGCCUUGUGGGAGUGUCCAUUGAGAAAAAGGGCGCGCACGGGCCGUCGGUGAGCAACGUGUCGACCAUCGGGACGGGCACAGCGGUGAUCGAUGAGGCGACGGCGCCCGUGCUGCUGAAACGACUCAAGUGGGACGGCGACGCCAAGCAGGCUCUGUCGAGGCUUGUGGGGGUUUCUAUCGAGAAGAAGGUGAGGGGAGGGAAUUGGGGGGAUGGACGGGAUCGGGGGAGGGAAUUGGCGAGGGAGUAUGGGAGGGAAUUGGCGAGGGAGUAUGGGAGGGAAUGCAAUGUGGAGCAGGGGAGGGGUGGGAGGGAGGCCACCACACGUGGCAUCUCCAGGCACGAACCCAUGCAGCACAGCACACAGUCCCCCUCUUGCUCCGCCCUGCCCUUCCCACCUCCCCUCAGUUUUUGCGACAUGAUCUCUGCUGACGUGCUCCUUCUCUCCCCCCUCCUCCCCUGGCCCCCUCAGGAUUCCAAGUCUGUGGCCUCUGCGGUCGUCAAUUUCUGCGACAUGAUCUCUGCUGACGUGUGUUUGCUCUCCCCCCUUCUCCCCUGGCCCCUUCAGGUGCGCUUCGAGGUGGCGCUACUGGAUUCCAAGUCUGUGGCCUCUGCAGUCGUCAAUUUCUGCGACAUGAUCUCAGCGGACGUGCUCGUGCUGGCCACGACACGUGGCAUCUCCAGGCACGAGCCAGCUCAGCAGAACACGAUCCAGAAGGUGCUGUCCAAGAUUGGCCACGUCAGCCACACUGAGCUGGCGCACCACUGCAGCAAGAACGCGCCGUGUGCCGUUGUGAUUAUAUCGGAGCAUGAGGAGGAGGACGAGGAGGAGGAUGGUUAG